AUGGACAUGAGCGCUGACUCCCUACAUACAGGCGGCAUUAGGCGUAUACGACAGGCAUGUGCCAAUUGCAGACGCAAAAAGACUAAGUGCACAGGGGAGCGCCCUAUCUGUUUUCACUGUCGCCGUAAUCGGCUUGCUUGUGUGUAUGAGCCAUAUGCUGCGACCGUGAACGAUGGCGUUCGGCCAGCCCCUCUGUCCACCCUGGCCAGCAAUCUCAAUAACGUCGAACUUCUACAACGACUUAGCACUAUAGAAUCUCGUCUUGCCGAGCUCAGUGGACAACCCAAUCAAAAUGAAUCUAAUAACGAUAUCCCCAAUUUUUCGUUUAGCGAGGAGCCCAGCUCACCACUGCACGAUACGGUCGCCUUACAAUCGUUCCCCUCGAUGCGAAACUCUCCCAUCGAGAAUUCCACUUUUCCUCCAGCUCCCGUUCUACGAUCGGUGAUCGAUACGUACUUCGAGCAUGUCCACAACCAGCCGUAUUCCUAUUUUCAAGAGAUAUCCUUCCGUCAGAAACUGGAUUCAAACGCUCUGCCUCGUUGUUUGAUCUUAGCCGUACUCUCUUCUGCCGUGCGAUUUUCUGUUCAUGAAUAUUAUGCAGGAAAUACACGGGAGGCAUCUGAAAAAUAUGCGAGAGAGUCAUGGCUAUCGGUGCUCGCGGACCAUCUCACUGUAGAAGACAAUUUGAACGUACAUGUCGUGCAGACGGUGAAUUUGCUGGCUGUUGUGGACUACACUGCUGGUCGUGUGAGCUCAGGAUGGCUAAAGAUUGGCCUUGCCGCUCGCAUCUCCCAAGACCUUCAUCUUAUGACAGAGCCCGAGGCAUGGUUACCUUACUCCGAACAAGAAGAGCGACGGCGCGCAUUCUGGUCUGCCUACCUGAUUGACAAAUUGAUUUCCUGCGGUAAAUCAAGACCUCUUGUUAUCCUCGAUCAGGACUGCAAUGUGCAGCUUCCGUGUGACGAGGAAACGUUCAACAGGGGAGAAUGGAAGAAAACUAACACGCUUGAUCAACUCCUCAACUGGAACACCCAAAUUACUGACAAUCCCAGCGGAUUUGGCCUGGUUAUCCUGAUGGCUUCUAUCUUUGGGCGUUGCACAAGAUAUGUCCAUCAGAAUCGCAAGUCUGAUGAGAUACCACCCUGGGAUACGAAAUCAGACUUUGCCGGAAUCAACUCAUCUUUGUUGCUCCUGGAGUCCUAUUCCAGGUUGGGCACCCAGAAGAUCUCUGAAAUUGUUCAGCAGAGUCACCACGGUAACAGUGAUAUCGACCGACAGCAGAUUGGACAUCUUAUAUUCGCGCACACCUUGUACCAUCUUUGCCAUUGUCUUUUGAAUCACCCUUUUCUCAUGCGCCUGCGUCUCAAGCCGUUUGGUUCCAAGGUCCCUGCCAGUUUCUCUGCACGGGCCCUUCAAGCUGGCAGCGAGCAUGCGAAGCAGCUGAUGGAUCUCAUCCGGGAUGCAACGGAAAGUGGAUGUCGGAUAGAGUCCUCCUUCUAUGCUUACUGCAUUGCCGUAGCCGGCGGUAUUCACUCUCUCGCAUCACAUCUUGAGCACCAGAGUACAGCGCGUCGCCAGUCGGAUAUUCUGCAUUACUUCAAUGAGAGUGUCGAAUCCCUGGAAAGAUUGGCAAAACUCUGGGUACAUGCAUCGAAUAUGGCUUUACGCCUGCGUGAGUUCCAUACUAUAUCUCACCGCUUUGCCAGUCUGUUGGAUCCAAAGUGUUUGACGGAAGAGCUUGAUCCAUCCUGUGAGGAGGUCUGCUGGUCAAUGAUAGACUACGGCAUUCUGGGCGCAGAUCCACAAAAGAAGCCUCUCAUUUCAAAGACCGGGUUCUCAAAUCUGCCGUCCCCAAGUCAAUGGGCACUCGGAACUGAACCUCUCGAUGGGGAUACACCACGAUUUGGUGGUCUUAGUACGGAUAUUUUCAGCGGAAUCACACCGAAUAUGCGAUUGAAUGAUGUCGAUUAUCUCUUGAAUUGUAGUCCCGGAACCAAUGAUAUGGUCUGA